GUAGACUUCCAAUAUUGUAUCAUGAACCACUUAUUCCAAAUGGCUCAACCUUACGGGCAUGGUUAUAUAUUACAUAUCUAACCAUUAAUAUUUGUGUCAUGGUUUGUAGCGUUUAUUUAGUUUUCUCCUCGUGCUUUACAUUUCUUCUAAUUGCAGACAAAUACAAGUGUUGCAUCUUCUCUAGGAACAUAUUUCCUACCACAGAUCACAUUGAUUUUUUUGGACAUGUUGAAUGUGUACCGAAUGUAUAGUGAGCUUAUAUCGAAAAGUAUUGCAGAGGGUGGACCUUUUGCAUCUAGAACAUCCUAUGUUAAGCUUCUACGUUCGGUUAAGAGAGAAACACUUAAACUGGUUGAUACAUUCUUGGACAAGGCUGAGGAUCAACCACAAAUUGCAAAACAUUUUGUACCACCAAUGAUGGAUCCUGUUCUUGGAGAUUAUGCUAGGAAUGUGCCUGAUGCAAGAGAAUCAGAGGUCUUGUCACUUUUUGCCACGGUUGUAAACAAAUAUAAAGCUGCAAUGGUUGAAGAUGUCCCUCGCAUAUUUGAAGCUGUUUUCCAGUGCACACUGGAGAUGAUUACAAAGAAUUUUGAAGACUACCCAGAGCAUCGGCUAAAGUUCUUCUCAUUACUGCGUGCCAUAGCUACUCACUGUUUCCCUGCUUUGAUCUGCCUGUCCAGUCAGCAACUGAAGCUUGUUAUGGAUUCAAUAAUAUGGGCAUUUCGGCAUACAGAAAGGAAUAUCGCUGAGACUGGGCUAAACCUAUUGUUUGAGAUGCUGAAGAAAUUUCAGUACUCCCUUGGCACCUUUACUCAAAUUUUUUCCGGUCAUAUCGGAACGAUCGAGCUGACGCCCAUCUCCGUCGAGAACUCCCUCAUCGCGGGCUUCUCCUACGACAUACCGCAGUCCCUGGGAACUUAUGCCCCUGGAAAUACUACUCGUAUCUAUGGAUCUGAAAAGAAUGUUUUGCCUCAUUGCUUAUGCAUAAUUUUUAGAAGGACAAAAGAUUUUAGUGGUGGAGUUUUCUCUCUUGCAGCUACUGUUAUGAGUGACUUAAUACAAAAGGAUCCUACUUGUUAUCCUGUUUUGGAUGCAGAUAAUCUUCCAUUUUCCUUCUUGGAUGCUAUAACGGAUGAUGUUCUCAACUCUUCAGCAGCCAUUACUUGCAUCCCCUAG